AUGUCGAAUAAAAUAGGCAAGACAGGACUUGGAUUCGCUCGGGUGUGGCACCACGUGGAUCUUGCCGAGGACAAAAGAACGUUGGGACGUCUGGCCUCGCAGAUCGCAGUCACUUUGAUAGGAAAACACAAGCCUAUCCCGCACGAGACCCAGGACGCUGGAGACUACGUCGUGGUGUCAAACGCGCAGUUUCUGCGUGUGACGGGGAAUAAACUCAACGACAAGACGUACUGGUCGCACUCUACGCGGCCGGGAUCGGGCAAGGCGACUCCAAUGAAGAAAAUUAUUAAGGAUUACGGAUACGGAGAGGUGAUCAAGAGAGCAGUGAGCAAGAUGCUGCCUAAGAACAAGCACAGGUGGACAAGACUCAAUAGGCUUAAAGUGUAUGACGGCUCAGACCACCCAUACAAGCAGAAUCUGAUCGCAUUUGCUGACCAACAGCCAGUCGUCCUGGAAAAGGUUAAGAAAUUAGAAGAGAAGACCAAGCUGCUGGAGGAGUACGAGAAGCAGAUGGCCGGAAGAAAAAUAUAA